AUGGUUAAAGUGGGCGAUUAUGGCAAAUAUCAGAAAUUGAUGCUAUGGUUUGUGUUAUUUCCAUCACAAUUGCCAUAUUUGUGUCAAAUCUAUUCACAUCUAUUCAUGUCGAUAACGCCGGACCACUGGUGCAAAGUGUCACUCCUGGACGCGUAUAACGUGACCGACCAUUUCAAUCGACACCUAUUUGUGCCCAAGAAAGACAAUGUUCUCCAUAGUCUGCAAUACGAACAGUGCUUUAAUGACUACAAGAAAGCAAAAUGGGAUCUGGUCUGCGAUCGAGCUUUUAUACAAACAAUACCAAUAAUCGUCUUCUUUUCCGGAACUCUUGAGUUGACAUCACAACAAAAAGGAGCACAAGUUUUAUUACUGUGCGAAUUGUGGCGAAAUAUCGGGGCUUUGCUUCUCGUUUUGAUCUCGCUAUUUCCAGAGUCUCCCAAAUGGCUUAUAAUGAAUGAACGCAUUGAAGACAUCGAUAAACUGGUCAGAGAUAUCGCCACAACUAAUGUCACAUUACUUUCCCCUGAUUUCAGUAUUGCAUUGCGGAGAAGAAUCCGAGUCGAGUGCGCUCUUCAGACUGAACUCAAAGCCCAACAAAAGCAUUCACUUCUCAUUCAAUCACUUUCUUUGCCCAAAAUGCCCCUCAAAGUCAUCACCAUUUGCUUACUAUAUAUCACACACUCUAUUACUGACAUCGGAUUCACUUAUUAUAUAAUUGAGUUUUCAGAGAGUCGAGGAAAUGGUGACAUAUAUUUCCCAUUUUUGGUCGUUAUUAUCUCUAACUUCAUGGCACUUGUGAUCGCGAGAAUCACUUUAAAGCGUUUUGGUAGAAAAUAUACGAUGACUUUUGGCGAUAUACUGUCGGCUCUGUUCAGUCUUAUGUGCGCUUUCGUCAAACAUAAAGACAUCAAUCUAUGCAUUAUAUACUUCGCGUCCGCCAAAGUGUUUCAGUCGUCCUCACAAUACUGUCUCUUCAUUUGGAGCCAAGAAUUACUUCCCAUUCCUUACUAUUACUCUAUCAUCGGUUUAUGCGAAACAGUGUCUCAAUUGGCACUAAUAUCAGUGCCGCUCAUUAUUUUCUAUUCCAUUUGUAGUACACUUUAA